AUGUCGCUUUCUUGUCAUCUGUUUCUUUCUGGCGCUUCCCGCACCGCGCUCAUCUUAUCAAAUUCGUUCGACAGGUAUGAUCAAACUCGCUCUCGGGCGGCGAGUCCAAUAAAUCAACAAAGAAUGAUAUAUGGGAAGCUUGGCAGGGUAGGCCCACGUCAAGAAGAAUGUGCAACUUGGCUCGCUUCUCCUUACACCGCCAUACUUCUCGUUCAGGAGGGUGCCCAAGCAGCCGUGCGCUGCAAUCUGCUUUCAGUAGCAAGUCUCCGGGUCUUUGGUAGGGUCUAG